AUGCUGCAACAUGAUGACGUCACUGCUACUGCAGCUGCCGGUGCUUGUGCUGGUGGAACAGCUGUUGCUGCAGGGGAGGGAGGGCACGCUAGCAUCAGGAGCACGGUAGACGCGGAGGAGCCACCAACUGUUGUUGCCCCACAAUCGCCCCGCAUCCCACCCCUCUCCGUCAAGCUUCCGCUCACUGCAUUCCUGCACUCUAGGCCGCGCAAAGCCUCGUCACCCUCACAGCAGGCCACGUCACCCUCACAGCAGGCCACGUCACCCUCACAGCAGGCCAUGAAUGUAGAUUCCAGCCUCUGCAUCGGUACUCUCGCCGACCCUUCUUCGCCCCCGGGCAGCCUGCGCAAGUCUCUGCUGCUCGCAGAAAUGUUUGUUGCUGCCCGCCGGUCUGCUCCUGUGUUCCAAGCCUACCUAGCAGACAAGUCAGGAGGACACGUGGUGGCGUCUGAUUGGUCGACGCAGCUCCCAAGGCACCUGGCGGAGGGAGUGCUAGGGGCGUUUGAGUGGGUGGCCGUGGGGCUCGAGAAGGCUGCAGAGGCAGCAGCGGCGGCGGCACGCCCGAAGCAGUCUACCAGGCAGCAGCUGGCCGCUCUCCUCCUGUCCCCGCGCCACAAGGCCGCUCCGCUUGCCUCCCCACGCAGGGCAUCCCCGCCGCUCCUCUCCCCCCGCAAAUCGUCCCCGCCACCCGCCUCUCCGCGUGCCAGCUCGCCUGUGGGCGGGCAGGGGGAUCCCAAGGCGCUGGCCGUGGUGGUGCGCGUGGUGGCGCACGUGGCGGCGUAUGCUGACUGGGACACUCCUGCUCCGUUCGUCCCUCCACCCGACCCUGAUGCGCCCACAGCUUUGGUCCGAACCUAUGGAGGAGCCUUGGCAAGCAUCUUCAGGGAGUUUGGAGGAGCGGGGGGAGGAGGAGAUACAGGAGGAGAGGGAGGAGGGGGAGUGGCCGAGCAGGGUGUGACUAUAACGGGGGUGACUGAACGGAUAGUGGGGGCGCUAAUGGGGGUUGUGGAGGGGAAGGCGGCUGCAUGUGAUGAUGACGUCACCAGGGCACUGUUCAUGCUCAACAACACAUGCAUCAUCCAGCAGUAA